AGAAACUCAUCCAUCCACAUCCGCAGGCCAGCCGCUGCUAGUUAGCCGUAAACAUAAACACUGCAGCGAUCGGACUAUUCCAGCAGCUUAAGCUUCACUUUCCAGUCGCUGUAUUUUUUCGGAGAACAUUUUGAAGAUGCGGCCGCUUAGCUAAAGGUCUCUUUUUAUGGUUCGCGAUGUUUGUUUGGAUCUGAAGUUUCGCUGCUAACCGAUGACCAUGAUUCAGCUGGAGAAACCCGUGCUGCCUGGUACCAUGCCGGUGGUGUGGCCCACCAUCCUCGACCUGGGCAGGGACGAGUGCAAAAGAAUUCUCCGUAAAUUGGAGCUGGAGGCGUAUGCCGGGGUCAUCAGCGCCCUGCGAGCCCAGGGAGAUCUCACCAAAGACAAGAAGGAUCUGCUGGGAGAGCUCACCAAAAUCCUUGGUAUCUCAACAGAGCGCCAUCGUGCAGAGGUCCGCAGAGCUGUCAAUGAUGAACGCCUCACCACCAUCGCAUACCACGUGUCGGGUCCUAACAGCUCGUCUAAAUGGUCCAUUGAAGGACGCCGGCUGGUUCCCCUGAUGCCAAGGCUGGUCCCUCAGACAGCCUUCACUGUCACUGCUAACGCUGUAGCCAGUGCCACAGCCAAUCAGAACGCUUCUCUUCUACUGCCAGCUGAGACCGGAAACAAAGAAGUGGUGGUCUGUUACUCCUACACAAGCACCACCGGCACUUCCACCAGCGCCACGGCGACCAGCGGCACCAUCGGAGCGACGGUGAAAUCACCACGACCACCCAGUCCUUCAUCCAACGUGGUGGUGCUGCCCAGCGGGAGCACGGUCUAUGUGAAGAGUGUGAGCUGUUCUGAUGAAGACGAGAAACCGCGCAAGAGAAGGCGGACCAACUCGUCCAGCUCGUCGCCGGUGAUUCUGAAGGAGAUGACCAAAGUGUCCCCGCAGGUGUCCAAGAGCAUCACGGUGCCUGUGAGCGGCAGCCCCAAGAUGAGCAACAUCAUGCAGAGCAUCGCCAACUCGCUGCCGCCGCACCUGUCCCCGGUCAAGAUCACCUUCACCAAGCCCACCAUCCAGACCACCAGCAACACCACGCAGAAGGUGAUCAUCGUGACGACGUCUCCCAGCUCCAACUUUGUCCCCAACAUCCUGUCGAAGUCUCACAACAACGCCGCUCUGUCCAAGCUGGUGUCCUCCUCCAUCCUGACGGCGCCCACACAGAAACAGACCGUGGUGUUCCCGGCCAGCUCCAGCCCGGCAAACACCGUCGCAGUGACCACAGUGGUCUCCUCCACUCCCUCUGUGGUCAUGUCGACGGUCUCAUCGUGUUCUGGUUCAGCCGGAGUGAAGGUGGCGUCGGCCCGACUCCCCUCCCCUAAAACCAUGGUGGGCUCGACCGCUCAUCUGGCCCAGUUCCCCAAACAGCAGUCCCCCAAACAGCUGCAGCAGGGCUCACCUUUAGGUGCUGCGAGUGUCAGCGUGACACAGACCACCGGCAGCUCCCCCGGAUCCAAGCCCACCAUCCAGAUCAAACAGGAGUCAGGAGUGAAGAUAAUCACUCAGCAGGUUCAGCCAAGCAAAAUCCUUCCCAAGCCGUCGUCAGUGGCUCUGUCCGGCAGCAGCUCGUCCCCCAUCAUGGUCGUCAGUAGCAACGGAGCCAUUAUGACAACCAAACUGGUCACGCAGUCCACAGCUUCCCAGGCCACCUACACCAGACCCACCGUUAGCCAGGGCAUCGGAGCCAGAAUCACAGCCUCCAGCGGGGGGACCACCUACGUGAAGACCACCAGCGGCAGCAUCAUCACGGUGGUGCCAAAGUCUCUGGCCACUCUGGGCGGGAAAAUCAUCAGCAGUAACAUCGUCUCUGGAACGACCACUAAGAUCACCACCAUCCCCAUGACCUCCAAGCCAAACGUCAUCGUGGUUCAGAAGACCACGGGGAAAGGAGCGACCAUCCAGGGGCUGCCGGGCAAGAACGUGGUCACCACACUUCUAAACGCCGGGGGUGAGAAGGGUCUGCAGGCUGUCACGGGGAGCAAACCAGCAAUCAUCACCGCCUCCAGACCCAUCACCAAGAUGAUCGUCACCCAGCCCAAAGGCAUGGGCUCCGGAUCCCAGACCACCGCCACCAAGAUCAUCCCGACCAAGAUCGUCUACGGCCAGCAGGGAAAGACUCAGGUUCUCAUCAAGCCGAAGCCGGUCUUCCAGGCGGCGUUGGUCGAGCAGACCAGACAGAUGGUCACAGAGACCCUGCAGCAGGUGAGCCGCUCAGCUGACAUCGGGCAGGGUCAGACCCCGGGACAGGACGGGUCCACGAAGGACGAGACCAGCAGCUCGGCGGGCGAGACCUCCCACAGCAGCGCUCAGGAGCCUCAGCCUGUAGUGCACGUGGUCUCCUCCAGAGAGCACGAUUGGACAGAGCAGGAAGUCUCCGUGGAGUCCAGCCCCACUAUCAUCUACCAGGAGCUGUCUGCAGGGGAAUCCCAGUCUGCCACCUCCACCAUAAAAGCCCUGCUGGAGCUGCAGCAGACAACAGUGAAGGAGAAGGGAGAGUCCAAACCAAGGCAGCACACCAUCGACCUGAGUCAGAUGGCCGUGCCCAUUCAGCUGGCCCAGGAGAAGAAGCCGAGCCCAGAGUCCCCCAGACCCUCCACCUCAGAGGCCGAGCCCAGCACCGAGUACAUCCCACCAAGUAAAGUCAGCAGGCUGGCUGUGUCCACGGAUAACGACGACGUGGUCAUGUCCUCCACUCAGCAGCUGGUGAAGCCCUUCAAGAGCAGCGUCACCAGCCAGGUCACCAUGGUAACCAAACCGGCUGCUGUCCCCGCAGCAGCAGCAGCAGCAGCAUUAGCAGCAGCAGCAGCAGUGGGAGUUCCACACGUCAGCCAAACGCCCUCUGACAGUCAGAGUAAAUCAGAGACGGUGUUGGAGGUGGCAGAGAUGGAAGGCGACACUUUGGACCCUCAGACCGGUUUGUUUUAUCGCUCCAGCCAAUCAGCCCCGGAGCCCACGAAGCAAACCCCUCACUCUGCAGCCGCGCAGCCUCCUCCUGUGAGCCAGACCGCGCCUGAGCAGAGCCGACACACCUCCACCUCCACCUCCACCUCCACCUCCACCUCCACGUCCAGCCAGCCUCCUCCUCCUCCUCCACCUCAGCUGCAGAGCAAACCGCAGAUCAGUCAGCCUUCCUCCUCUUCCUCCUCCACCUUCCCCUCCAUGCCCCCGCCCAUCAAGAAACUCCCAAAGCUUCUGGUGCAGAGUCUGCCCAAACCCCAGGUUUUAACGCAGAGUCCCAAAGACAGACCCGUGGUCGCUCCAGCAUCCACCGCUAAGGUCACGAGCCCGGGGACGCCGACCAAGUCCCUAGUGGUGACGCCGCAGCUCCCGAAGCUCCAGCGCCCCACGUCCCACCACAGACCCCUUCACACGCCCAUGUCCCACCCUCCUCCGCUGCAGGCACAUCACCCAAUCAGCACCGAGAAGGCUGCUUCUAGCCAGCAGCCGAUCAUCACACAGAGCGCCACAGUCACAAAGAUCACCUUCGGCAGCUCCCACCUUACAUCGCCCGUCUUCAGCAGCGCCGAGGCCACGGCCAAACUGAUCCCAGAGUCCAGCUCGGGGCCCUCGGGAGACAAGCCCUCAGUGUCGGACAUCCUGAAGAUCUCCAUGAUGGAGGCGGAGAUUGACCCCAGCACGGAGCCCGUAGUGGUGGAUUCCUCCAGCGACUGCGGCCCUCUGGGGAAAGCUCUGGAGGUUCAGGCUGUGUCCGGCACGCUGGACUCGGGCCAGUUCAUCAGCAGCUCCGGGACCUCCAUGCAUCAUUCCCACACUAAGCAGCCGCAGUUCAGCUGCAUGCCGACCCUCGCUGCACAGAGGAGCAAAGAGGACCUGGAGGUCAUCGAGGUGAUUCCUCAGUACUCCAUCCUGCCGGACUCCAGCCAGUCCAACGUGGUGGUGGAGCCCAGCGGCUUCCUGGAGAUCACCAACUACACCAGCCAGCAGCUGGAGGAGGACAGCCCCAUGGAGCAGGAGGUGGACAGCAGCAACGACGAGGCUGCGGCCGCCAGCCCCCCCGACCAACCAUAAACACAAACCGCACUCCAAACUGAAUGCAGCAGCUCAGACUCUUGUUGUGUUUGCGGUCUCGGACCCAGAGGACAAAGACUUUAUGGACAUUUUUUUAAGAAAGCAAGAUCAAGAAUGCCUUUUGUUUUCCUUGUAAAUAUUAUUUAGUUGAUUAUAAGCCUUCUUCUCAAAGACUAAUGGCAGAUGUGUUCUUUACUGCCAGAGAGGAGCGUUGGAUUUAAAUCCUGGGAGCGAGGUGGAUUCAGAGCUGCCCCGGACAUUUUGGAAAGCAGCCAUUCCAAACAAACAGGAUUUAAUGAUUCCAGUACAUUAAUGUCGUUACUUGUAGGACUUUUGCAAGAAAGUCACACAUCAAUGAAAUUUGGAUUUUUUGGCUCCGUGCUCCCACAAGCACACAGCUGGAUUAAACCCCUGCAGGCUUGCAUUUAUUUUAAUUGUCCUGAGUUUCAAAUACCUGUUUCCCAUUAGUGGCUUUGGUCUCUAAAAUGUGUGUGCAGUGACUCUCCAGCUGAUGGUCUUCUUCUUCUUUUGAUGACCUGCAGGUUUGAACAAUAGCUGAACAGUAUUUUUCUUUGACUGAGGUGAAACUCUGCAACAGUAAAAAUCUCUUCAAACCCUUCUGGGGUUGAAGUUUUCAGAAGAGGGAGGAGAAAGCUGUUGCAGAUCGAAUCUCUGUGUGGAACAUGAAGCAACUUGAAGAGGGGGUCCCGCAGGACAGAUUGAGUCCAGCACACAGAAUGUGUUACUGCUCAUGGUAACUGAUGGGAUGUAAAAGAGAAUGUAUUUGUAAGAUAUAAUCUGGAGUUCAUAAAGUUGCUGUCAGAAUUUCUCUGAGUAUGGUUUUGUUGCAUAGUGUGUUUUUGUUUCAUAGUGUGUUUUUAAACUAUGCAUUUCUUUUAUACCUUUUCAAACUAGAUGACUAGUUAAAAACAAACUGUUUAAUCUGCACAAUAAAUCAGCUGAGUAGAACGUC